AUGAAUGUCGUGACUAUAAUGAAUAUCACAUACUUGGAUCUAAUAUUGGAAGAUUUGAAAUGUCGCUUGACAUCGGGUAAUGGAUGCGGUAAUGAUAUCAGUCCGGGCUUGGACUGCAGCUAUUCAGAAUACUCUGUAGACUAUUUCUGCGAAUUGAACAUAGAUGUACAAAAUGAAACUUCUUACAGCUGUACAAGGUGUUCUAAUAACAGUUUGGAUUAUAACAUCAACUAUACUGUAUGCAACACUAGAUUCAAACUCAACAUGUUGUCUGUAAUUUUUGAGAGCGCAUUGAGAUCUUUAUGGCUAAAACUACCAGAUUAUGAAGGGUGCGACCGGGAUACUUUAUUUUGCUUGAAAGAUGAUUUCAAUCGGACGUUAUACAAAGACUUUAAUGAUAGUGAUUUAAAAAGUAGUGAAGUAGAGAUCUAUCAAUGUAAAUGGAAUUUUAAAAAUGUAACUGACAACUUAUCCGUGACAGUAGGAUACGAAUGGAGUUUUUUAUUUGUCAUAUUGUUCAUAAUUGCGGGCGGUGUUGGGAAUAUUCUGGUGUGUUUAGCCGUAUGUCUUGAUAAAAGACUUCAAAAUGUGACGAACUAUUUUCUCCUUUCGUUAGCGAUAGCCGAUUUGCUUGUUAGUUUGUUCGUGAUGCCCAUGGGCGCCAUACCUGGAUUUUUAGGAUAUUGGCCUUUAGGUGUGGUGUGGUGUAACGUAUAUGUUACUUGCGACGUUCUAGCUUGUUCAGCUAGCAUCAUGCACAUGUGCUUCAUAAGUAUUGGAAGGUAUCUUGGCAUACGGAACCCACUUAAAAGUCGACACCAUUCAACUAAGAGAGUAGUUGUGAUUAAAAUUGCUCUCGUCUGGCUUCUUAGUAUGUUUGUAUCCAGUUCAAUUACGGUUUUAGGUAUAAUUAACCGAUCGAACAUAAUGCCAACGCCAGAUCUUUGUGUCAUCAACAAUCGGUUGUUUUGGGUAUUCGGCUCCUUGGUGGCGUUUUACAUUCCAAUGCUGAUGAUGGUGGUUUCCUUUGCGCUCACUGUGCAGCUGCUGAAGAAACAAGCGUUAUUGGCAGCGACGCCCGUUCCCGGAGGAAUGCAGAGAAGGCAAUGCGGCGGUUUUGAUAACGACCCAACGCAAGGACCACGUCGCAUGGGAUCCAAAAGCUCCCCAGAUUUGUCACCGCGUAGCAAUGUUUCAAGACAAAUGACUUGGAGAGUAACUUCAACAAACAGAAAGCAACGAAACAAGAUUGGUAUGAGCGUUUCCAAUCCUCAGUUAAGUUUUAUGAAUGGUUGUGGCAAUGGCGCGGGGUCUGGUAGUAACAGAAGAGGACGAGAUGUCGCAACGCAGACACCGCUUAAUAUAGCAGCAGAGACCAGGCGCGCAAAGUUGAGACCAUUGAAAUUAACCCUAGCUCCAGCUAAUGCUUUAAAUCUAAGAUUUCUAACCAAUCGUAAAAAAGGGCGAUCUCUAUCAGCGAAUGCAGUAGCCAAUGAACAAAAAGCUACUAAAGUACUCGGGUUGGUGUUUUUCACAUUCGUCCUAUGUUGGGCUCCAUUUUUCCUUCUUAACAUUUUAUUCGCAUCGUGUCCCACAUGUAUUGUUCCAGAUCAUAUAGUUAACGUUUGCUUAUGGUUGGGUUAUAUGUCUUCGACCAUAAAUCCAAUUAUCUACACGGUCUUCAAUAGAACAUUCCGUGCUGCAUUUCUAAGACUACUUAAAUGUCACUGUAGCAGGCGAGGUCAUUGUACUCGUUACAUGUCAGUUGGAUCAACUAGAGGAGCUUCACAACUUUGUGCGAGAUCUGCUCUGCCGUUAGCGAUAUCACUUCGACCGUCUGUUAUGCCUUCGUCAUCACCUGCUAUGCAGGAAAUUACAGAGUCUGUUCUCAUUGAACCACAAUUUACGGGUUAUAAUUUACGUUAUUAG